GGUAUCCACCUACGACAACAUAGCGAUAAUAUGGAGCCGACUUGUGAUCCAGGUCACAAUAGAGGUCAAGCAGUGGGAGGAGGAAGAUGUGGUGGUCAAAGAAAUGGCAGGGGACAAGCACCUCUUCUGAGAGGUGUGGGCCUCGUUUGAGAGAUGUUGGGGACAAGGCCAAGGACCAAGACAGCGGCAGCAACAGAAAAGGGUGUCCAAUCAAAUCCGAGCAACAUUUGUAGACCAUGUCGUAAAUCAUGGCAUGACAAUGACUGAGGCAGCUACAAUGAUUCAACCAAACCUCAGAAGAUCAACCGUGGCCUCAAUCAUCAGAACUUUCCGCAAUGAGAAACGGUCAUUGCAUGCACAGUCUGGAAGUCUUCAGCAUGCGCUAAACAUUAGGCUACUCUCAAUUGUCAAAUGACUGUAUACUGCAUGCUAAUGUGUACCACAGAAGUGACUAAAUGUGCUCUAACUGUAAUUUUCCCAGCAGAAUUGAGACUAGGCCAAAUAGGGGAGGCAGAGGCAAAAUUCUGACUGACCAACAAGAGUGGGAUGUGGUCAAUUUGGUUCAGGCCAGAAAUGAUAUUCACUUUACAGAUAUUUGGCAGCACAUCUUGGACAAUGACGACAUGUUCAACAAUGUGGAAGCCAUAAGUUUGCCGACUAUUGCUGAAUGCUGAAAAGGCACCAGGUGUCUCUAAAACAGCUACACCAUGUGCCUUUUGAAAGAAAUGCAGACAGAAUGAAGCAGCUGAGGACUGAGUAUGUUCAGGUAUGUUCAGAUGCCUGUUGUGAAAAAUUCCCCCAAAAUUCUACAUCAUUGUAAUUCUCUUUCCAAAAUGUAUUUUUAAAGGGUGAUGGAGCUGAAUGCUGACGAAAACCAUCACAAAUUCCUAUUUUUGGAUGAGGCAGGCUUCAACCUGGGCAAGACAAGGAGGAGAGGUCGGAAUUUCAUUGGCCAUCCAAGUACCUGGACAACUUGGGGCCAACAUCACCAUGUGUGCGGCUAUAUCAGAAGAUGGUGUGGUGGUGACACAGACCUCGUAUUGGAUCAUAUAAUGCAGCUCUCCUUGUAACCUUCCUUGAUGAUCUAAAUCAGGUCUGUAGAGCUGAUGGCGUGACCUAUGCCAUUGUGUGGGAUAAUGUCAGAUUCAAACAUGCUCAAAUAGUUCAAGCAUGGUUUCAGGCCCAUCCACAAUUUACCACCCUGUACUUAUCCCCAUACUCUCCUUUCCUAAAACUCGACUGAGGAAUUUUUCUGCCCAUGGAGGUGGAAGGUAUAUGAUAGGCGCCCUCACAAACAAGCCACCCUUCUCCUGGCCAUGGAUGUCGCAUGCAAUGACAUCAAACCAUGAUGCUGGUUUAAAAUGGUUACUACAAUAUUUAAUGAUUGUACAAACGACUACACAGUGACACUAUCGGUAUCUUGUGUGUGGGUGAUCUAAAUGAAUGUUCCUAUGGUGUUUCUUGAUAAGUUAGUUAUUUGAACCAAUGAUUCUGCAAGUGCAAGGUUUCGUUAAAGACAAGCCCGUGUUACAAGUGACGACUGUUUUGUGUCUAGAGUUUUGAAAAAUUACCACAAGGUUCUGAGAUUAGUGCCAAAGUGAUUGUAAAAAACGGUAUUUCUCCAAGAGCUUCAGUAGAAUAUAAUAGAAAAUGCAUAUCCAUUUGCAGCACAACGUUUGCUGCAGAGCAAGGCCCCUAAAGAGGGUUAGGGGCUAAGUGGCUUGCUCAAGCAGUGGGUAGUCUUCUAGGCAUCUAGGCUCCCCCCAGUAACACACCUUCAGAUCUACACCUUCACUAUACCCCAACCCUAACCCUACCCUAAACUUGCUUGCAGCAUGUCCUUGAGUAACAUCCACUGUUCAAAUGUUGAAAUGACAUCUGUCGAUGCAGCGUCUUCGCUCCUAAACAUUGGAGUAAACCAUUUUGUGGUGUCAACCGUGUUUCACGAGGAACCAAAACCACUGAAAAGGAAACAGGCCCGGAACGCGACCCUGCUGCAACCAACACAACUGAUGAUGUGUGCAGAUUAAGUACACUGUGUCACCUGAUUUAUGUAUGUGUGGGUGUGUGGGUGUGUGUGUUUGUGUGUGUGGUGUGGUGUGGUGUGGUGUGUGUGUGUGUGUGCUUGUGUGUGUGACAGUGCAGUAGGGGUUUAAUUGUGAGACAACAGUGCAGUCAUGUGUUGUGCGUUUCAAUUGUUGAGCAGAGCCUGUUGAAGGUACAGACACCCUCAUGGACUCAUACAUCUCCUGUUGCUGGCUAGUGCUCUACCUUUUCUUUGGCGGUGGUUCUACAGUAACCAUCCAAGGCUAUGUCGGUGACAUUGUGACCCUAACAUGUAAGUAUGACGCCCGGCAUUAUGGUACGCUCUCUGUCUGCUGGGGUCGUGGUCACAUCCCCAACAGCGGCUGUGGCAAUGAGGUCCUCAGGACGGAGGGAGUCAAAGUGACCCACAGGGCUUCGGUCCGGUACAAUCUCCAGGGUGAUCUGAGGGCAGGGGAUGUCUCUCUGACCAUCACCCAAGCACAGGUGAAGGAUUCUGGGUUAUAUGGCUGCCGUGUGGAUAUACCUGGAUGGUUCAAUGACCAGAAACACCAUCUGGCACUUGUCAUCAUGCCCGCUCCUGAAACAACACCUGAACCGUGGAUCCCUAGAGAGAGCACAACAGUUGGCUACCCUAAAGCUCCUGAAACAACCCCUGAACCGUGGAUCUCUAGAGAGAGCACAACAGUUGGCUACCCUAAAGAGCAAACCACAACAAUGCAGACAACAAUGGGUUUGUCAGUACCUCCAGACCCUCCCAAAGUGGCAAUCCGAGAAAUAUCAGCUAGGUCCAUCUCUGUAUGGUGGAGUGCUGGCUUCGAUGGAAACACCCCCAUCACAGGUUUCCACCUGGAAUGCAAGAGCCAAUCGGACUCCUGGGUAGAUGGAGUACAAGGCAGCAAUAUUCUGCCUUGGAAGAGAGAGACCGCUGUCAAUGACCUGCGACCCUUUCACACCUACAACAUCCGCAUGUUCACCAAGAACGACAUGAGCUUGAGUAAACCCAGCAACGAGCUCACCAUCACCACUAAGGAAGCAGCCCCUGAUGGUCCCCCACAGGAUGUGAAGCUUGAAGCCCUUUCCUCCCACAGCAUCAGAGUCACAUGGAGGGCCCCUGAGUUGUCCCUCCAGAACGGGCUGAUCCGGGGCUACCAGCUCCGCUACGGUGAGUACAGUCCCCAAGAACGGCUUCCUGUCAGGGUGGUGCAUCUGAUGGACGGAUCAGAGAGCUUCACCAUGAACAGCCUGCAGGAGGCGACAAAGUACAGUGUGACGCUGCACACCAUCAACAGAGCAGGCCUGGGGCCGUCUUCACAGGAGCUUGUCUGCUCCACUCUGACUAAUGAUGAUCAGCAGCAUAUGACAACAACUCAAGCAACAACAGCACUUCAGACAGAACAUUCAACCUCAACCAUUGGGACAACAACCUCUUCAACUGAGACAUGGCUGCUUGUCACUGACAGUCCCACUCAAGGUCAGAGGGUAGACGACUUCUCAACUACUAGAGCACUAAGUAACUCUACGACUGACCCAGCAUUGAGUAAAAAACUGGGUACUGAGGAACAGAGCGGUCAUCUUGUUGCCAUCCUAGUGCCAGUGCUGGUGCUGGGGCUGCUUGUUGUCAUGGCGAUCAUAUGGCAAUUUAGGCGUACCACAUUGAAAAAAGGCAACUGGAAAAUAUUAUGGAAGAACAACGACUUUCUGUCCUUCGGGGACUCCGAGCCAGCACUGUAGAGACCUCUGGGAUGUUAGAAUUCCAAUCAAGAUCAUGCAGUGGUCACCGUGGAGUUAACAUAAAGAGUAAGAUGAUAUAUAUGAUUUCAACUCUGCCAUAGUGAUAGGAAGUGUUACUAAUCGACCGGGGCCUCCCACUGAACUGAUAUUGAAAGAGUACUUAUCUUACAAUGAGAUCAACUGCAAUGUACACGAUGUGACGUUUGUGUGCACAUGUUAAUAAAUGCUUGCUUAUA